UAGUCAAUUUUGGGUUGAGGGCCAACCGCAGCCCAAGUCAUUAAACUCUGGUGAAUUUGGGCUAUGCUCGAGUUGAAUCUUUGAUGGGGGUCGAUUCGGGUCGGAUCUCUACCUUAAAUUUGUGCUUGUCGUCCUUCCUUUCCAAAUUUCUGCGAUCAUAACAGUUCCCUGUAUAAACCCCAACACCAGCACAAACGUUUCAGCUAUCCUGCCUCUUUCGCUUCAGUUAUUUUUCAAUGGCGUCGAUCAAACGCCAGCUUUCAGAACCAGAAGAACCCGAGUCGAAGAAGCCGAAGGCAGUCUUAUCGGAUUCUCCCGAACACAAGACCAAGCAACGCGUGGUGCUCAAUCCCGCAGACUGCGAUUUAGAUUUCAAUAUUGUUGGUGAUGGUCUUCAAGGUUCUGCACUUCAUGACCAUGGAUUUGCUUAUUGCUGGUCUGGUGCUCGUGGUAAUGUUGGAAUAACUGGAGGGAAGUAUUGUUUUGGUUGCAAAAUUAUUUCAACUCAGCCAGUGGAUAUGGAAGAUACCCCUCCUGACCAGCAGCAUGUUUGUCGGCUUGGCAUUUCAAGAGGAGAUGAUGCAGUGGGAAACCUUGGGGAAACAGAGCACAGCUUUGGGUUUGGUGGCACAGGAAAAUUUUCAGUUGCUGGAAAAUUUUCAAAUUAUGGUGAAAAGUUUGGGGUUGGGGAUACAAUUGUAUGUGCUGUAAAUCUUGAAACUAAACCUUUGGCUUCCAUCAGUUUCUCCAAAAAUGGGAAAUGGUUGGGUGUUGCAAAGGAAUUUGAUGCGGGUGUAAAGGGUCUUGGGGUUGUGGAUUCUCCAAUGAGGCAGCUGCAUUGGGAAUCAGCUCUCUUUCCUCAUGUUUUGUUGAAAAAUGUAAUGGUUCAAGUCCAGUUCAGUACUGAAGAGGGACUUGUUCCUGAAGAAGGCUAUAAGCCUUGGGCUUCUGCACUUUAUGAUGGAAAUGCAAUAAUGGGACCUUCUUUUUCUAGCCCAAGAGAUUGUGAAGUGAUGAUGAUGGUAGGAUUACCUGCUUCUGGAAAGUCCACUUGGGCAGAGAAAUGGGUGAAAGAGCAUGCUGAGAAGCGAUAUGUUUUACUUGGAACAAAUCUGGCUCUGGAUCAAAUGAAGGUACCAGGGCUACUGCGUAAGCAGAAUUAUGGUGAACGAUUUGAGCGUCUAAUGGACCGAGCAACUGGAAUAUUUAAUACGUUACUGUCCAGAGCUUCGAAGACACCUCACAACUACAUUAUUGAUCAAACAAAUGUUUACAAGAAUGCACGUAAACGUAAACUGAAACCAUUUGCAAAUUUUCAGAAGAUUGCUGUUGUGCUCUUUCCAAAGCCAGAAGAGCUUAAGUUUCGUGCUGAAAAAAGAUUUAAAGAAAUGGGAAAGGAGGUACCAGCUGAUGCAGUAAAUGAAAUGAUUGCCAAUUAUGUCUUGCCUAGAAGUAAGGACAUGCCUGGUUCAGAUGAGGAUUUUGAUCAGGUUCUGUUUCCAGAACUGAACAGAGGAGAAGCACAAAAAUGUUUGGAAGAGAUGAAGCGUGCCUUAGGAACUGCAUCCCAUUUGAACUUGAAAAGCAACUUUUCACCUUAUUCUCAGGAAAGUUCUCUCCAGUCAUAUAAUAGCUCUUCACUGCAAAAUCAAGGGGCUCCAUCAGUCCCUGAUGAACGUAGCCUGAGUUAUCAUCCUCCUCUCCCUCAGAACUAUUAUUACCAAAGGCCUGCUCAUAUGAACUCAGGUCAUCAGGGGGUUGCACUACAUGGAAGAGUGGAACCAUUUCCCAGAGCGUACCAAGACAAUCAAAAUCCGUUUAUGCCAAGCGACGCUCCGUAUGAAACCUCCUUAGGUUACAGUAGAAAUUUUCUUUCUAGAAAUGAUUCCAAUAGCUAUGGGACUUAUGGGUAUGAUAACUCCAGAGGUUCCAUUCCUGGGGUUGGUAUGGCCAGUUACCAGAGCUUUGGGAUGGUUGACCCCUACAGAAGAACCAACCUUGAAAGCAGGAAUCCUAUUCCCAUGGGUGCUACAGACCCUUAUGUGAGUGGAAUGGUUGAAUCCCAUGAUAAAUAUAAUGUUGAAGGAGUGAAUCAUUAUGAAACCCAAGCUGAAAGUAUGAGGACGUCUUUAUUUUCACACAACACCCUUGGUGGACAUGGUAGUGUCCCUGGAGGCUUUGGAGCUAAUCAGCUAGUACCAAGAGACCCUAGACAUCUGCCUACUCCUUCCCAAAUGUCAUAUGGUUCACCUUAUGGAGCUCCUCUUGUAAGGCCCUCUUAUGGAAAUUUCCCCACUGAUAUGCAGCAUCCUGGAGGGUAUGCUCCUCCUCGUCCAAGAUAUUAUUGACUGCUGGAUAAAGUUCUUGUCCUUCUGAGUUCCAAAACCAGAGUUUACAACUCUGUCCAUGAUGAAGGGAAAAAUCAUAUAGAAGCCUAUAGUUGUUAACAUGGGAAAUGGAGGGGUCUUAGCCACUGAAUUUUGUAAUUAUCAACUUAUGACCUGAAAGAAUACGAUUGAGAAGCAUUGUACAUGAUGGUGACUGACACAACCCUGUUUUUUUCCCUCCCCUUUUUGUUGAUCUAUUACUAACCAAAAUGAAAAGGGGAAUCGUUUCAUAA